AUGAUCGACAUCCUCAUCAUUGGCGCCGGUCCCAGCGGCCUCUGCGCAGCCAAAACCUUCCUUCAACACAACCCAAACAGCAAAAUCGUUAUUCUCGACAGCCACUCGACCGUGGGAGGAGUCUGGUCCAAGGAGAGACUCUAUCCAACCCUCAGAACGAACAACCUGUACCCAACCAUGGACUUCAGUGACUUCCCCAUGAAAGACGUUGGGAUCGGCCGUCCAGGACAUCACAUCACCGGAGAAGAGAUGCAUGCCUACCUGACCGCAUACGCCCAACACUUCGAUCUCAUGAAGAAAAUCCAAUUCAACACUCGCGCUGUUCGAGUCCAACAAGGCCCUACAAACGACGGUUGGAAGGUAGAAAUCCAAGGACCAGCCGACCUCAUCAGCACAGUCACAAUACCAACAACACUACUAGAAACCAAGAAACUCGUCAUGGCAACUGGCAUCCUCGGCGUGCCCAGCAUGCCCUCUCUCAGUGGCAGCUCAACCUUCGACAUCCCCCUUCUACACUCCUCCGCCCUCGGCCCUCAGUACCAAUCCGUCCUCCAAAACCCCAACAUCAACCGCGUCGCCGUCUUGGGGGGUUCCAAGUCCGCCUACGACACCGUCUACCUCGCCGCCACAACGGGUCACAAAGUCGAUUGGAUCAUCCGCAAGUCCGGCCGUGGCCCUUCAUGGGUUUUCCCUUCCCACACCAAAAUCGGACCCUUCAAAGCGUGGCGCGAGAAACUUGUCAAUAGACAGAUUUCCACCUUUUUCUCGCCUUGCGUCUUGCCAGACCGAUCCGGUAACCAAAUCAGUUGGAUUCGCGAGUUCUUGCAUACCAAUAAGAUUGGCAAGGCUGUUACGAAGAAGUUCUGGGAGAUUAUGCACGAGGACACCAUUAAAGACUGCCGCUACCGUUCUGACUCCAAGUCGAAAGGAAAGGGCGACGACGAGCGGGGAGACUUUAGUGUCCUAGAACCACCCCACAGUCCCUUCUGGUACGGCACCAGCUCCGGCACGCUCAACUACGAGCAGGACUUUAAGGCCUUGGUGACCAGCGGACAGGUGACUGUCCAUCGAGAAGACAUUUCCCAUAUCAGUCCGCAUACCAUCCACUUCUCCGACAACGCUGGGGCUAUUACCGUUGACGCCCUGAUCUGCGCAACUGGAUACUCAGCUAAACCUCCCAUUGAUUUCUUCCCGCGUGAGCUACACUUCCAACUCGGUAUCCCGACCUCUACCGAUUCUCUUACCGAAGAACAAAAGGUUGCUUGGGACGAGUACGAUAAGAGGGCAGAUGGGAUUAUAGGAGAGAGAUUUCCCCAGUUGGUUUCACCACCCUGGUCCACCACCGAUAACAACACAAACCCAUCACCGCCAUCCACGAAAAUAGACACAAAAUACACACCCUGGCGUCUCCACCGCGGCAUCGCCCCUCCCGGCCUGACUGCUGCCGGUAACAACUCCCUCGUCUUCCUCAGCAUGCACAGUUCUGUAACCAACAUCCCGCGCAUAGAGCUGCAAUGUCUCUGGUCUUUAUCUUACUUCCACGACAAAGUCACCUUACCCUCGAUUGCACCAUUUGCGUUCCGGGCCUUGCUCCCAGAAUUCCUCCCCGAAUUUGCCCAGAAGAGGCAGGGGAAGCAGGGAAAUUUGCGUACAAAACCAGCGGGUGCCUCACUUACGACCCGGCUUCAGAUCCAGCCUGUACACAAAUCUUCCAAGACACGGCGUUAUUUCAACGAUGGUGUGCGCUUCGAUCCCCUCUGGGACAUGGAGGACAUUAUCCUGAUUUGA